UUAUUGUGGUCAACCUGCGUUCAUGAUAACGGCAACUUCACGGUAGCUUAUUGUAUACACGUGAUAUACAACCUAACCUCGACUUUUUAAAGCUACACUAUGGGUCGCCGUAAAAAGGGUCGAUGUGUAAAAAAAAAUAAACAUAUUAAUCUGGAAGAAAAUCCAGAUUUGGUAAAGGCACCGCAUUCGUUUGUUAUUCAUCGCGGUUUACCCGGAGAGAACAUAGUGGAGCUCACUCGGGAUUUCCGUAAAAUUAUGGAGCCAUUUACAGCUGCAUCGUUAAAAGAAAGGAAGCGAAACACUAUCAAAGACUUUUUGUCUGUUUCGAGCCUGCUUCAUGUUACGCACAUGUGUAUUUUCACGAGAGCAGAACAAGGAAUGUAUUUUAAACUAUGCAGAUUACCAAGAGGACCGACUCUAUCGUUUAAAGUACACAGCUUCUCUCUAGCACGCGAUGUGGUAUCUGUGUUGAAAAAACAAAUGGUCUUCGAAGAACUUUUCAAAAGUUCUCCGCUAGUAGUAUUAAACAAUUUUAGUGGAGAAGGUAUGCAAUUGAAGCUUAUCGCUUCUAUGUUUCAAAAUAUGUUCCCUACAAUAAAUUUAACUUCGGUAAAUUUAAGUACAAUUCGCAGAUGUUUGUGCUUGAAUUAUAAUCCAACAUCGAAAACAAUCGAUCUCAGACAUUACGCUAUCAGAGUUGUGCCUGUUGGUCUAUCGAAAGGUGUUAAGAAGAUAGUACAAGCUAAGAUACCAAAUUUGUCCAAAUGCAAUGAUUUUUCUGAGUUUUUGACAAAAGGAACCGUUUCCGAAAGCGAAGGUGAAGACGAUCCUGCAGACCAGGUCACGCUACCGCAAACACUGUCUUCCCGUGGUAAUCACGCGAGUAAUACAAGUGCAAUUAGAUUGUCCGAGCUAGGUCCCAGAUUAACGUUAGAGUUAAUUAAAAUUGAAGACGGACUUUUGGAUGGUGAAGUACUUUUCCACGAAUAUGUUCACAAGUCGGAAGAAGAAAGAUUGCUGAUAAAGAAGAAACGAGAAGAAAGGAAGCAGUUGAAAGACAAGAGGAAAAAGAUUCAAGAACAAAACAAAAGACGAAAAGAUAAAGAGAAGCAAGAACACAAAGAGAAAUCGCUAAAAGGAAUACAGAAGAAGAAAGAAAGUGAAAUAUUAUUGCAGAAGCUUGCAAAGGAACCGGUUGAAGAGAACACGGUGGAAGAGGACGAUGAUGCUCAGUACUAUCGUGAUGAAGUAGGAGAAGAACCAGAUAAAGAUCUCUUUCAGAAAAAAGUUGGCGAGAAGAGGCCGAAAAAAUUCGCACCUAAAUAUAAAACGAAAAAAGCAAAGCCUAACGAAUCGUGAGUUACUUUAACACUUUCACGUCAAUUACAUGAAAUAAUUUUGUACAUUACAUAGCAAUAUACUGAGUAAAAUAUUUUUUAAUAACAAUAAUUUUAUACACUACGUCUAUAAAAACUAUACCAAUUUUAUUUAUCACAUAUUGACUAGUGCACUGUAUAAUUUUUAAAAUAAAUUAUGUUUGCUCGCGCGUUGCGUGGCUGAUACAUUUUUUAUUAUGUUCCA